AUGUUUUUUUAUGAAGAAGAAGGUGAAGGUGGGAAUUACAAAAGUCAAAUUGAUGUCGAUACGCCUAGUACCAAUAUUGAGCCGGAGCCUAGUACAAACGAAAACCAUGAAAACCAUGAGCUGGAGUCGGAACAAACUGAUACCACUAACACUCCAGAUGUUACUAAUAUCCCAGAUGUCGAUUUCGAUUCUGGGAAUUCUGAUGUUGUCUUGCAGGAUAUGAAUGAAGAAGGAAGCGGAAGGCGUUACCCAGUGAGGAUCAAUCGAGGCCAACCAAAGAAACAAUAUGUACCUGACUUAAAAGCAAAAGCAAAAUACCCCAUUGGGAAUUUUGUAUCACACCACAGGCUGUCAGAUACUCACGCCCUAAGGGUAGAGAAAAUGUCAUCUGUUACUAUUCCAAGAGAUGUACAAGAAGCUCUAAGAGAUAUCAAACAUGUGCAUCUACAUGUAAAAGUUGGAAGAAAAAACCCAAUCUUGUGGUUCUCGUGCUUACAUCGAUCUCGAUCUCGAUCUCGAUCAUCCUCCACUUAUCGAACGCCAUCAGCUGAUUCUGUCGAUCUGACGAAAGUUAGGACAUGGCCUUGGUUACAACCGCGGAAACGCCAAGUGUUCUCGGGUCCCGUUGUCACUCUCAAAGUCUUCGAAGACAAUGUUUUAGUGCGUGAGUUUCUAGAAGAAAAGGGAAAUGGGCGCGUUCUAGUGGUUGACGGUGGUGGAAGCUUACGGUGUGCUAUACUGGGCGGCAAUCCCGUGGUGCAAGCCCAGAAUAACGGGUGGGCCGGCAUUGUGGUCAAUGGGUGUGUACGCGAUGUUGAUGAGAUUAAUAGUUGUGAUAUUGGUGUGAGGGCACUUGCGUCUCAUCCGGUGAAGGCGAAUAAGAAGGGGAUUGGGGAGAAACAUGUGGCGGUUAUGAUUGGCGGGACUAGGAUUUCGGAUGGGGAGUAUUUGUAUGCGGAUACGGAUGGAUUUUGA